AUGCCACGCAGAAAGCAAGUGAUAAAGACUGGUAAUGAGACAUCGUCGGAUAAGUCACCGCCUGUUUCAUCUAGGCUUCGUUCUGCAAGUAAAAAGGGCACACAUAAUGAUGAUAUCACGAAGUCAAUUUCGGAAAAAGGCCUGAUAAAAGCAAAACACGCUUCAACGGAAAAAACCAUUCCUGAGGAGCCUUCAAAUUCAGAAAGUGUCCUCGAAGAGGUUGGCGGUACGACAGAAAAUAGAGCUUCAAUUCCAACAACAACGAAGGAGGUGGACGAUUCGGAGUUGCAAGAAGUCAGCAAGGAAGCUUUAGGAGAAGUCAUUGAACAGGAAAAAACGACAGGUGGAAUGCCAAGGUUAGAAACUUCGGACGAUGAGGCAGCACCAGAAGAAGUUUCGAUGAAAACGAGUAAAGCACAAGAAUUGGAUGCACAGAAGCGAAAACGAGCGAUUGAGAAAAGACUUACAGAGGAAAAGAAACAAAAACUUCGUGAACUUGAUCGGAAAUACAAAGAACAAAAAAAUCGGAAGUUGAAAAAAGAAAUGAAAGAUGUUCAGGCGGGUUCAUCUUCUGGUAAUCUGUUGGAUUCAAUAAAAAAAAGAGAAUUGCCUACAUUUUUACCAGAUAGAGUAUUGGAAGAUUUAGCAGUUGAAGAAAGGAUUAUUGAUGAAAGGAAAAAUGUGUCGGUGUCAGAUGAAGUCGUAGAAGAGACUAACCGUAAGAAUGUUGAGCCUCCUCGGAAGAAAAAGAAAAAGCAUCACGACACUGGACCAUUUACUGUUGUUGUCAUGGAUCACAAUGAACCUAAAUUUGUUGGUAAAGGAGUUGUCGAAUUCCGAAAAAAUCAUUUUUAUGGAGGCAGACUGCCACGAAGGAAUGCUAUUUUGAAUGCAAGUCAGACAAGAAAUGGCGCGGCGCUCAGGUUUAGGAGAAGAUGA